CUCAAAUGAAACAUUUUUCUCUUGUUUCCCGCCUCAUUCUGAGCCCGUCCACACGAUGACGUUUGUAUCAUGAGUCCGUGAACUUCUGAGUCAGAUGAUCUCUCAUCCACGGCUCAGAGAUGGACAGAACCAUCCCACUCGAGACUCCCAGUCAGAAAGUUCCAGUCAGAAGUCAAACACCAAAGCCAGCGAAGGUGGUGUGAAGUCAUCCAGGAGACAUGAAGAAGUACAGCUGGAGCAGCUUCAAGGAUACCAUCUUUGCCAACCCUGCUGUCGUCGACCAGGAUCCAUAUGUGGGCGAGGGAGAUGAGAACCAGGAACGUGGAAACUGGACCAACAAGCGCGAGUACGUCCUCUCCAGCAUCGGCUAUGCUGUCGGACUCGGGAAUAUCUGGAGAUUCCCAUACCUGGCUUAUAAGAACGGAGGAGGUGCCUUUCUCAUUCCUUACUUCGUGAUGCUGGUUGUUGCCGGAAUUCCUCUGUUUUUCCUGGAGAGUGCUUUGGGUCAGUUCUGCAGCCAAGGACCCAUUAACGUGUGGCGGGCAGCGCCAAUAAUGCAGGGUGCUGGCGUGUCCAUGGUGAUGGUGACUCUCAUCGUGUCCAUCUACUACAACGUCAUCAUCGCCUACAGCAUCUACUACAUGUUCGCUUCCUUCCAGUCUCCUCUGCCCUGGGCCAGCUGCAGCGCUUGGUCCGGCAGCAACUGCAGCGUGACGCCUGCAGUGUACUGUAACAUCAGUGGAGUUCUGGUGUCCAACCUGACUCAGGAGAACAUCACCUCCCGCCCCACCAUCCUCACUGCUCCCAUUCAGAGUCCAAGUGAAGAGUACUGGGAUGGGGUGGCGCUGCAGAGGUCCAGCAGUCUGGAUGAAACGGGGCCUGUUGUUUGGCACCUGGCUCUGUGUCUGCUGCUGAGCACGGUGAUCUGUGCGGCAGCCCUCAUCAAAGGCAUCAAGUCUUCAGGGAAAGUUGUUUACUUCACAGCGACGUUUCCUUACGUGGUGAUUCUGAUCCUGCUGAUCCGCGGCGUGACGCUAGAGGGCGCUAGAGACGGAAUCGAGUUCUACAUCGGCUCUCAGUCCAACUUGACCAAACUUGGUGACGCACAGGUGUGGAAGGACGCUGCCACUCAGACCUUCUACUCUCUGUCUAUUGGCUGGGGAGGAGUCAUGACUCUGGCGUCCUACAACAACUUCCACAACAACGUCUUCAAAGAUGCCUUCGUGGUCACGCUGACCAACGCCGGAACUAGCGUGCUAGCUGGGUUUGCCAUCUUCUCCAUUCUGGGUCACAUGGCUUUCAUAUACCAAACACCGAUUGAGAAGGUGGUGAAGGACGGCUUCGGCUUGGCCUUCAUCGCUUAUCCAGACGCACUGUCCAAGCUGCCCAUCUCCCCCCUGUGGUCCGUGCUCUUCUUCUUCAUGCUGCUGACCGUGGGUCUGGACUCUCAGUUCGCAGGAAUAGAGGUGAUCACCACCUGUAUGAUCGACGCCGCUCCCAAAAUCUUCAAGUCCAAACGGGCCAUUUUGAGCAUCGUGACCAGCGUGUUCCUGUACCUGCUGGGUCUGCCGUGUGUCACACAGGCCGGGAUUUACUGGGUGACACUCAUCGACCAGUUUGUUGCCACUUGGGUGCUGCUGGUUUUGGCUCUUCUGGAGAUCAUCGGGAUCAUCUACAUCUACGGAGGGAACCGUUUCAUCGGAGACAUGGAGAUGAUGCUCGGCCAGAAGAGCUUCUGCUUCUGGCUGUGGUGGCGAGCCUGCUGGUUCGUCAUCAGCCCCUGCCUCAUCGCGGUGAUCCUGGUCUGGUCUCUGCUGACCUUCACCCCGCCCUCCUACGGGUCGGUUCAGUACCCUAUGUGGGGUCAGGCUCUGGGCUGGUGCAUGAUCGUGUUCGUCCUCCUCUGGAUCCCCCUCUUUGUGGUUCUCAACAUGCUGAAGGCGAAGGGAACUGUGUGGAACCGGCUGAAGUCGCUGUGUUUGCCCUCGGAGGACUGGCACCCGUACCUGGAAAUCCACCGAGGAGAAAAGUACUCGAAAGAGGCGUGUCAGCAGAGGCACAGCGACAACAGCGACGUGUCACAGACGGACCUGACAGUGAUAUCCUCCAAGUUAUGAAGCUCCAGAGCCGGACAUCCUGAGCUCUGCUGUGGCUCUCAUGAGCUACACUGCUACACAACUUUCUCCACAAUCCGCUUCUGAGGCACUAGUUUUAUUUUCUUCUCCUGGUCCUGACCGGGCCCACCCACCCACUAGGUGAACCAAUCAGCUGACCCGUUGUGAAUCUCAAUUUUUAACAACACAAACUGCACUCAGUAAAAGUUAAUCAAAUGUGUGUUUGCACAAAAUAGUCGGCGUGGCCAGAUGAACAAAUUCCACUAACACAACAGUGUAGUUAUUUUAUACAUUUUUCUUGUUGUGAAUAUUAUUGUGAGU